CUAAAGUACAGUACCAUCAUCAACCACGAGACGAUCGUUCGGAAUGCUGCAUCGAGUGGCUCCUCGGGUGAUGCAGGGUUACUUGACGAUGCGAUUGCCCCACCUGAGCAAUCACUUCAAGACUCGAUUGCCAUGGAAUAAUCAGUGGAAGCGCCACAUGCGCUCGAUGACAGCCGCGGACCUCCUCAAUGUGGCGGGACAUGCGAGGUCACAAAAAGCGUCCGUCGUGAACGAAGACGACACAUUGAGCAAGGCGGUGGAAACGAUGGCAGCACAUCACAACUCGAGCACGCUUGUUGUCGUGGAUGAUGAAGACCGUGUUGUGGGACUCUUGACGCAGCACCGCAUCAUCAGCCAUAUCAGCCAACAUCACGCAUCCUGGCACUCCAAUUUGGUAAAGAACGCGGCGUUGCCUUCCCGAGAAAUCGUGCACGUCACGCCAGAGGACUCCCUGCAAGAUUGUCGGGCGGUCAUGGCCCUAACUGGACGAGGGGAGCUGCCUGUACUAAGCGGUGACAGUUUGCUCGGUAUCAUAUCUCUGACAGACAUUGCAGCGCUGCUUGUCAAGAACGAAUCCCAGAAGAACGGCGAAGCGCAUAGCGCCAAGUCAGACUACGUCCAUCUCAUCUUACCGCGGAAAGGGCUACCGAAAAACACGUCCCUGGCGCCGAGUGUCGCCAUGGAUGGCCAGGAGGUGCCCAAGUUCGUCCUCCACUCGUACGCAAUGUCGAUUCCACACCCCCAAAAAGUUGACACGGGGGGCGAAGACGCGUACUUUCUCGGGACUGCCGGCGAGCAAACUUCAACAGGCGGCGUCGACGUGCUGUGCUUUGGAGUAUCGGACGGAGUGGGCAGUUGGUUUGAGCAAGGCAUUAGCGCUGGCAUGUAUUCGAAAGAACUCAUGAAAGCUGCGCAAGCUGCCGCGACUCUGUCGCUGACCAAACACCCCCACGUGAAUCCGUCCGAAGUCCUCCAUGCGGCGUGGCAAAGUGUGUCCCAGAAAGCGAUCGUUGGCAGCGCCACGGCCUGCGUUGUAGCCCUUGACCCGGUCCACGGCGAGCUGUACGCUGUAAACUUGGGCGAUUCCGGAUUCUUGAUCAUUCGAGACAAGGUACACACACAACGCAAUGGAGACCACAGUGUGAUGUGUGUGGAGUAGAAGUCCGACUUGAAAACAGCGGAGAAGCGAGGGACAUUGGAUGGGUCGUUGAUGCGCAAGAUGAAGAACAGAGACACGGAUUUGACUCCUGCCGGCCGACGAAAGGGAGCGCAUGUGUCGUACCGGUCGCCCCAGCAACUGCACUACUUCAAUUGCCCCUUUCAACUGGGAUAUUACGUCCCAGGGCCAGACAUCCCCGACGGUUCUGGACCGCUUUUUGAAACACCACGUGAAGCGGUGAACCUCCGCGUACCCGUCGAAGACGGCGACUUGAUCAUCCUGGCCACGGACGGUCUAUUCGACAACGUGGUAUGGCGCUCCCCCUCACGAAACGUCCCCUCAUGAUCGUGCAGGACGAAGACCGGCUGCUUGAAAUCGUCGCGGCCGAGCCCGACGUGGAAUCGAUGACGAAGAAGCUCGUGAAACGCGCAUACGACUUAUCGUUGGACCGAACGAUCGACUCGCCAUUUGCCCGCCUCGCGAAAGAAAACGACAAGAUGUGGGGGGGCGGCAUGCCAGACGACAUCACGAUCAUCGUGGCCAGAGUCGUCAAGCGCGCGUAAUAUAUACCAACCACACCGUCGUCGUGUUUCUGGUGUCGGUUCUACCGU